CUCUCUCUCUCUCUCUCUCUCUCGCUCUUCCCCCUCGUCUAUAUAUCAAACCCUUCUUCUCAUGACUUGUAAUCCCCAAGCUAAGGAAAUCCUAACAAGGUCAACUAUUCUGUACACUGCACACUAAAUCCCAAACUAAUCCGUAUUCUUUGUCUCCCAGCUCAAACCAGACAAAAGGAAAUGGAUAUUAAUAAUGUUCAUGAUCAGAUGAGAUCAGCAGGUUAUGGCUCAUUAGCAGCAGCAGCAACUCAUGAUCAACCAAUUGAAGGACUGGAUUUAAGAAAAGGCCCAUGGACAGCCGAGGAAGACUCCAUUCUCAACAAUUACGUCAACAUCCAUGGUGAAGGUCACUGGAAUUCCUUGGCUUGCCAUGCAGGUCUAAAACGAACUGGCAAAAGCUGCAGAUUAAGGUGGUUAAACUACUUGCGACCAAAUGUUCAACGUGGAAACAUAACUCUCCAAGAACAACUUAUAAUUCUUCAACUUCAUUCCCGCUGGGGCAACAGGUGGUCCAAGAUAGCCGAAUACUUGCCCGGUAGAACAGACAAUGAGAUAAAGAACUAUUGGAGAACAAGAGUGCAGAAGCAAGCAAAACAGCUCAAGUGUGACGUUAACAGCAAACAAUUCCAAGACGCCAUGCGUUACAUCUGGAUUCCCCGUCUAAUUGAACGGAUCGGGUCCUUGCCCGAAGCUGUACCAGAUCAACCCAGUACUUGUAUCACUACGACAUCUGAGUCUGAGUGUCAGUACUUGGUUGAUCCUAAUUUCGUGCCUGAAACCUCUGGCAGUACUUCAUCAGACUCAUAUGAUCAGGUUCAAGUUUGUUCAAUUCCCACCGACCCAACUAGCAGUGGUGAUGAAUUCAUGACUUAUCCAUGCAGCGGUCAAUAUGGUUCAGAAAACGGGUCGGGUUAUAGUAAAAAUGGCAAUUCAGAUAUUCAUGGCUUUGAGCAAAGCAAUUAUUGGUCAACCGGUGGGGACACAUCAGUGGAGAACUUGUGGACUGAAGAGAAUAUAUGGUUCUUGCAACAGCAGCUUAGUGAUGACUAAUAUUGGUGAAUGGAUCGAGCCAUCGAGGACUAGUUUGUUUACGUGACGCAUGGGUGAUUCCAUGACUUAAUUGUAGUAGUAAAGUUGAGUUUACAAACUUUUGUUGCACGCAUUCUCAAAGUAGAGGAAGACCAUGAAUUUUUUGUCAAAUAGCAUAAAUGAUCAGUUUUUUGAGAUUUAAUUGUAAAAAUAAUCAGUGUUUAUUACGUCGCCA